AUGUCCUCCAACUCGGGCUCGACUCGCGCUGCAGCGCCACCUCCAGCUCAACAACCUCUUGUACCGGAGUCAUUUAUUGAUGUCCCGUCUCAGCGGCUAUACAUCCUUAGUCUCGGAGCUCUGCUUCAGGCUAUCAAGGCUUUCGACUUCCUCCAAUAUUCAUUUUUUUCCAAUAGUGACCAAGGAAGCUAUGGCAAGAAAUGGUUCUUGGUCGAUCUCAUUUUCUGCACUUGUUUAGCCCGAUUACGCAUUCCACGGCUCAGAUACAGCAAAUCCGUGGUGGUUUUGCAAGUCAUAUUCUUGUGGAUCCUAGAUGGACUUUUAUUUGGAGGCAUAACUUUCAAUGUUGGAGGACGGACAUGGAUGACUGUACCAUCCAUUGGGUUUGCAAAUCCUGGUGCCAUCACCUCUACUCCUCAAAGUUCGGGACUAUGGAGUCUGAUACCUGGCCUUGGCACGCUGGUAGGUUCCUACAGCGACCGAGACGCACAUCUUCUUGGGCAACACACUGUUCGCAUGUCUCCGAUUAGCACAGCGCAUCUGAAUCCGUAUGGACAAACUUUUUGUCUUUCUUCCUCAGGCGACAGUGUUCUCAUUCCGAUCCUCCUUAACAAUACCAAUCCAGCAGGCAUGCGAUACACACUUUUCCCCCUUGGAUAUGUGGAGGGAGUCGGAGGGGAGAAGGCACGGGCAAGUACUGGCAGAAUUGAGCGUGUCGAGUUAUCAGCUAAGGAGCUGAAGGCGAUUGAGACUGCUCGGUUGGAGAAGCUUCAACUUGUUCGGUUAAGCUCCUCCAAGCGUAGCCCGGAUAUUGAUGGCUACGACGACGAUUACGAUGAGGAGGAUGAGGAUGAAGAUCCAUUGAACCUGCCCAACUCACCUUCUCUCCAGAGGACGCAGAGCCUUGCACACAUAAGACUCAACAAACCUGGAAAACUGCAGCUUGACCAUGUCUUCGACUCAUCUAAUGUUGAGACGAGGCUGGUUUACCCAAGUGAAGUCACUGUUGUUCCUUGUCCUCGCGCACAUUUCGCAGUCGAUUCGGUUUUCACUCGCAGAGAAGAUGUCCGAUGCGCAAUACCUGGGAUGACGAAUGGAGCAGGAGAGGAGGUUGUUCUUGAUAUCGACGUGUUCGGCGUCCCACCACUUAGCUUACGCUGGUAUAAAGAAGUUGGAGGUCGAAGAGAAUCAUUCAUGGUGGAGGGCAUCGAGGACUCCGAACACGUUCGGCAUCGUACCCCAGGAGAAAGCAGCAUUUCGGCUGUUUCAACAUCUAGGGCGCCAGCCAAUCUUAGAAUUCCGCUUGCCGUUUCUCUCGACGCCCUUGGCACGCAUUCUUAUAUUCUGGAAUCCGUGACAGACUCCGUUGGAAAUGUUGUGCACGCAGGCACGGAGGUGCAAGUGCUUGACGGCGCACCUGAGGAUCUACUUCACAAAGCAUCGGGUAAUGAAGAUCAAAAUGUGAGAUUGAAAACACAUCGAUCCAUCACUGUCCUCCGCCGUCCAGGGGUCUCGUUCAAGCAUUGUGGACCGGGGAGCCCUACCUCACUGCUUGUCGGUGCGGAUGCACCACUAACAGUCUCCACAAUUGGAGCAGACGAGCUCGAUGCUCCUUGGGAUAUCGAUAUUAGCUAUCAGUCCCCUCUUGCUGAAGAUGAAUCACCUGUAGGCAUUAAACGUAACCGGCCAUGGUCAAAGGGUUUUCAAACAGAGAAGGGCAAGAAGGAUCUCAUUUUGCAUGCGAGUGCACCUGGAGAGUAUCACGUCACCCGAAUCAAGGGCAGGUAUUGUGAGGGAGAUAUACUAAGUCCUGACACGUGUAAAGUCAUUGAACGGCCUCUACCCGUCGCGGAAAUUGAAUGGAAAAGAAUUUACGAAUGCUCUGGUGAUAUCGGUGUCUCUGCUUCCCUUGUACUCCAUGGAACACCUCCGUUCCAGGUCUAUUAUCACAUGCAGCGCGACAAUGAGCCGUCUCGAGAGCUUUCUAAGACUUUUGCCAGUUCUCGCGGCGAAAUUACCAUACAGCCUGAACGUAGUGGCCAUUAUGUGUUUAGGUUUACCCAAAUCAGUGACGCAAAUUACAAGAAGGUGAACUUGAAGGGCCCUAGUAUAGAUCAGGUUGUUCAUCCUCCUGCAUCUGCCGAGUUCUCCAACAGCGUUCCUGGAGGGCGGGGUAAGAAGAAGAUCAAUAGCUGCUCAGGUAGCCAGGUUGACGUCGAUAUCGAUCUUCGGGGAACCGGACCAUGGAAUCUUGCGGUCCAAAUUGUUGGCCCUAAAGGUUCUGAAAUCAUGCAGGUACCCAAUAUCACAACGUCUUCCAAGACGUUACAGCUGCCCAUUCCCAAAGCCAUCGACAGAGAUGGUGGUUCCUUUGAGAUUGAUCUGGUCAGCGUCGAAGAUGCCUACGGAUGUAAACGUGCCCUAUCUGUACCGGGUCUCGUGGUCAAUGUUCGCAGGGUACAACCCACCGCACGAUUUUAUGGAAAACAAAGCCAGCGACAUGUAACUAUUUUGGAAAAUGAGGAAGCUCGUCUCCCUCUACGCCUGACUGGCGACGGCCCUUGGCAACUCCGAUACCGACGAGCAGAUCAUCCAGACAAGGUCUACGGCGCUACGCUCUCUUCGCCGAAUGAUGAGCUCCUUGUUGGUAAAAAAGGCCUAUAUGAACUACUUGAGGUGGCAGAUUCGCAAUGCCCUGGAUCGGUGGUGGUUAACGAUGCCACGUACAGGGUAGAUCAUGUUCCACGACCGUCGGCCAGAUUAUCACCAGAAAUUCAGUCCACCUUUGAAUCCUUCAACGGCUCCCACAUCUUGCCGCCUAUAUGCGAGGGAGUAAAUGACAAUGUGGAUCUUGAGCUUACAGGUCGACCACCUUUCCAGAUCAUGUACAAUGUUGCAAGGGGAAAUGAUUUGGGCGGCACAAAAAUACUGGACCAGCCUACCUUUAGCAGCAUCCAAUCCCGGACGAGCUUCCAGUUACACACAUCAGAGGCUGCUCGUAUAUACUACGAGGUCAAGCAGAUUGGCGACGCGGCGUAUCCCCUGGCUAAGAACAAGGAUGCCAUUAUCCCGCGGUCUGAGCGGCUCUUGUUUGAGCAGCAAGUAUUGAGACGACCUUCGGCUCGAUUCAAAAACCGCAACCGCAUAUCAUACUGUCUUAGCGAUACAUUGCAUCCCCGUGAUUCAUCCAGCCCAGAUGGGAUGAUCGUACUUGAGGGUUCACCGCCGUUCUCGCUCGAUCUAUCAAUACGCAAUCUAGCCACCAGCGAAGUACACACAGAGACGGUCAUAUUGCAAGACAGUGCGUGGAAGCUUGACAUCCCUUCGUAUACAUUCCAUUCGAUUGGCCCACAUCUUAUCACAAUUGAAUCCGUGCAAGACUCAUCCCGUUGUGAGCAAGUGGUCCCGGGUCCAUCGCACCAGUCUAUAUGGGUGGACGUCGCCGAAACGGCAGCCAUUAUUCCGUUUGAUCGAAGAGAGGAUUUCUGUGUCGGUGAUGCGUUCCAGUUCCAACUGGAAGGAACCCCUCCAUGGACGAUUGGAUAUCGCAUCAACGGGCGGUCAUAUACCCAAGAGGCCAAGAUUUCUCCGUUUACGAUUGUGCAGCAACAACCUGGGGAGUUCGUUGUCACCUCGAUUGCUCACCAACAAAAGAUGUGCAAGACUGCUGUGACCGACCUGCGGUACAACGUCCACACUCUACCUUCCGCGCGCGUUGGACAUGGCAAAAGAAUCAUUCAAGAUAUUCAUGAAGGUGAUCAAGCGGAAAUUCUCUUCACUCUGAUAGGCGAACCUCCUUUCACGUUUACAUACCAAAGAGCGGAGCUUACCUCGAAGAAAGGGAUGCAAGGAAAGGUCCUUGAGACACAUACAGUCUCAGGAGUAACAACAAAAGAAUACUCGAUUUUUUCCGCCCUAGAAGGUUUCUAA